GGGAGAAGGAGGGGAGCAGAGCGGGAGAUAAAGAGAUACCAAGAGUGUGAUGGUUUGCACUCCUAUCCAGACAGUUAGGCACGGAGGCAGCGCAACAGAGAGUUGGUUGUAUGAGGAGUAUUCACACAACAUUCUACAUGGAUGGAUAACAGGAAAGGGGGACAAAGGGGGACAGAAGAAGAAUCCAAGCAGCACCCCUGACAUGACUAAUCUUUGUGGACUUCUUCACGUCUGGCACUAAGGAAGGGACGAACAUAUGUCUGUUGUGUGGCCCUCGCAUGUUCAUCAACAUGCAACCCUAAUUCUUUGGAUUACUGCUGGAGGAAGCACGAGAUAAGACCGCAGUUUGAAUCAGUCGACCUAGAUUGUUGCAGAGGUGGAAAGGAGAGGGGACACUGUGGUGAACAGACCAGCUCCGGAGCAUCUGUGUUUACUCUGCAUGGUCACCGUCAGUGAACGAUGUGGGACUGAAGGGCAUAGAGAUGAUGCCGUACACAGCUCCUUCGUCCUAAAGCCCAAUUAUUACCUGGGAUCUCUCCAUCUGAUGAACUGUCUUAUAAUAAGGACCUCCUCCCGCACUGCUGAGUCAACACCCCCCCCCCACCCCAGCACAUAUAAGUACUGGUGAUCACAAAUGUCACAGUGAUCACAUAUGUCAUGGUGACUGGACACACACACUCUCCAAUAAUCUGCUCCAGUCACGCCAUCUCCAGUGAUUUAGGGUUCAGCAUGUCAAGGGACAAACUGGAGACCUGUGCUCCAUUUACAAGUCAAUGGCAGCUGGAGCCAGGCGUACAGAGACUGAUGAGAAAGGUGGAAAGUGAAGGCCUGUUCCAUUAGUGCCCCCAGGGGAGACAUGGGCCUGAACGCUGCCCGGACACACUGACCUCUCUCUAACACAUUCUGGACAUUACUAUGGUGUACACCGGGGAAUCUGCGACGGACUGAUCGACAAAUCUGCCUCUUGGAGUACAAGCUAAUGGAUAUAACUGAUUUUUUUUACAUUUUAAGAUCCGACCGCUUUUUUUCUCACCUUGAACAAAAAGGGUAAAAGCAAGGGUUUGGAUUGUACUAUGAGCAGUGCAUUCCAGCACAGCUCGGGGGGAAGACUCUCUGCGUCUUUGUUUUUUUGGUUGGCUGCGUCUCUCCUGCCUGGGAAUAUCGUGAGAUUAUAAGCAGGAGGUGGAUCCAGCAUCUCAUCCCUAUUCCACUCAUCGAUAAGUGCUUGCCAAAGCAAGAGAUCUGAGGGAGAAAGAUCUAUCCAGGACAUUAGCGUAUACUCUCCAACAUCCCCUGGGUACAGGUGACUAAUUCCUUAGCUUUCUUGCCACUGAAGUCAGGAGGAAAAAUCUGGAAGACGGUCUGUGGUAAAACAGACAGACAGAAAGACAGGUGCUUUUCUGGCUGACAGCCUCUCUGGGAGGGCCGAGCAGUGAAAGGAAAAGCCUCGCUCCGGGGCUCUGCUGGAGCGGAAACACUUUUCCACUGGCUAUGUUUGGAUGGGAUGCUCGUCUCUGUGGAUCUAACAUGGACUCUAUGGCCUGAUUACACAGCCCUGGUAUUCAGAUAGUGCUGGAGGGAAAGGAUAAUGCAUAUCCUUCCCUGCCCAGAAAAAGAAGCCACCAUGAGCAACGUCACUGUCACCGACAACACUGAGCCCAUCAGCCGCACCAUGAGUCCUGCGAGCCCCAGCCCAUAUCCCUACCCUGUUAGUUUUCAGGUCUCCCUGACAGGCUUCCUCAUGCUAGAAAUCCUGCUGGGCCUGAGCUCCAAUCUCACUGUGCUUGCCCUUUACUGUAUGAAGUCGAACCUCAUUAGUUCUGUCAGUAACAUCGUUACUAUGAACCUCCACGUGUUGGAUGUGCUAGUUUGUGUGUGCUGCAUCCCCCUGACCAUCGUGGUGGUCCUGCUCUCCCUGGAAGGAGACACUGCCCUCGUCUGCUGCUUCCAUGAAGCCUGCGUCUCUUUCGCCAGUGUCGCCACCGCUGCUAAUGUGCUCGCCAUCACCCUCGAUCGCUACGACAUCUCUGUCAAACCGGCCAACCGAGUGCUGACCAUGGGCCGGGCCCUGGCCCUGCUGGCUAUUAUUUGGGUGCUAUCCUUCGUCAGUUUCCUGGUACCCUUCAUAGAGGUGGGUUUCUUUGCCCAAGGCCACACCGAUCUGAACCAGACAGCGGUAGAGAACGUGGUGCACGUUAACGAAUACUACACCGAACUUGGCCUCUAUUAUCACUUGCUCGCUCAGAUUCCCAUCUUCUUCUUCACCGCCGUUGUCAUGCUCAUCACCUACUCAAAGAUCCUGCAGGCACUCAACAUUCGCAUCGGCACCCGUUUCCACACCUCACAGAAGAAGAAGGCUCGCAGAAAAAAGUGCCCGUCCAUGACGGCCAUGACACCGCAGCAGGAGGCCACCGACGCGUCCCAAAGCAGCGGCAGCCGCAAUCCCACGCUGGGCAUGCGCACCUCCGUCUCCGUCAUCAUCGCCCUGCGUAGGGCCGUCAAGCGCCACAGGGAGAGGCGAGAGCGCCAAAAGAGGGUUUUCAGGAUGUCUCUCCUGAUAGUGUCCACCUUCCUGCUGUGCUGGACGCCCAUCACGGUGCUCAACACGGUCAUCCUCAGCGUGGGCCCGAGCGAUCUGAUGGUCAAGCUGAGACUGGGCUUCCUGGUCAUGGCGUACGGGACGACCAUCUUUCACCCUUUACUCUACGCCUUCACCAGGCAGAAGUUCCAGAAGGUCUUGAAAAGCAAGAUGAAGAAGCGAGUGGUAUCGAUUAUCGAGGCGGAUCCCACCCCUAAUAAUGCCGUUAUUCACAACUCCUGGAUCGAUCCAAAGAGGAACAAAAAGGUGACAUUUGAGGACAAAGAGGCUCAAUUGAAAUGUCUGUCUUCUGAGGACGUGGGGUGAAGGAACUCAUUAUCUUUAGAGAAUGCAGUUACUACAGUCAAUGCAGCUAACACUGGCGUCAGGUCAGGACAAAAAAGGGAAAAUGUUAAUCCAAAGCAGUAAUGUAAAUAAUAUGUGCAAUAGGACGUACAAAAAGAAGAGGUGGAUAAUUUAUUACUAUUUAUUGAGAACAAAAGUAGGUUUCAUAGAUAUAUCAUAUACUGUACUGUAGAUAUUGCAUGGCUUUUUGUAUCGUAGCAACAUACAGUACAUUGUGUACAUAUACAGUAAAUACAUGUACAGGGUAGGGUAAACAAGGUAUAUAAAUAGAGAGAGAGAAGUAGAAAUUGUUAUGUAAAUGUAUAUUUAUAAUAAAUUUUGUGUUUACUCACCUGA